CUCCUGUUCACCUCAGUCUGGUCAAUCUCUGUUCUCUACCUGGUGUGGCUCUACCUGGACUGGGACACACCUAACCAAGGUGGAAGGCGCUGUGACUGGAUGAGGAAUUUGACAGUGUGGAAGGACAUGAGGGAUUAUUAUCCUAUCAAGCUGAUGAAAACAGCAGAGCUGCCCCCCAACCAGAACUACGUGGUGGGAAGUCACCCACAUGGUAUCGUGUGUGCCAGUACUACCUGUAAUUUCUCCACGGAGGGCAAUGGCUUCUCCAAGCACUUCCCAGGGAUUCAGACCUGUCAAACUGGACUGAGUGGCCUCUUCUGCCUCCCAGUCUACCGAGAUUACAUUAUGAGCUAUGGAGUGCGUCCUGUGAACCGCCAGAGCCUGGACUUUGUCCUGUCCCAGCCCAAGCGUGGACAGGCCGUGGUCAUUGCAAUAGGGGGUGCACAUGAGGCCCUGUAUGCGAACCCAGGGCAGCACUGCCUCACGCUCCGGAAACGCAAAGGCUUUGUGCGCCUGGCGCUGAGGCACGGGUGAGUGUGCAUGGAGGGCCUGCUGGCUGUGACUCCACAGCUCCCCUGGACUGUCCACUCUCUGUGGGUCUACACUCCCUCUCAGUCCCUACA